UCAAGCAUCAACAUCAAUAAGGCUCCCUGCAGGUAUAGGAUUGGAGCGAACUAUGACUUUGUAAAAUGGUGUCUUAAUUAAUCACUCGAUACUUUUUACGGAAUUAUUGUACUUCUAUUAUGCUUACAGAUAGUGAUAUUAAUUUAUGCUGUGCUAUCCUUUUCAGCAAUUUAUGCUUCUAGAUAUGAAGUACCUCAGCAGCAGGUUUUACAAAGACCAUUAUGCAACCAAACGGCCAUCUCCUCAGAGGGCAAUUCUCAUUCAGACGGUGCAUACGCUGCGCUUAAUAUCCCAGAGGGACACCAUAUUUAUGGGCCUGGAAAUGUACAGGAACCAGUUUACAACGUUCUCCAAGAUCCUUAAAGAAUGUCCCAAAAUUAUGGCUCUUGUAUAGACCAACCUUUGUAUUAUGCUUUGGAGGACCUAUCAGUUAAGGACUCAGUGGAGUCUGAUAAUAAUGGCCCUACUAAUCCAGAACCAGUGCACAACGUUCUCGAAGACCCUGAAGUAAUGUUCCAAAAUUAUGGCUCUGGUAUAGACCAACCUUUGUACUGUGCUUUGGAGGACGUAUCAGUUAAGGACUCAGAGGAGUCUGUUAAUGAUGGCACUACUGAGCCAGAACCAGUCUACAACGUUCUGGACGAACCUUACACAGAAGACGCAGAAGAACCUGGAUGUCAUGGCAAUGUAAUUGUGGAAGGUCCAGUUCCCAACACCUUGGAGGAACCUAAUCGUUAUGCUGGUUAUCCAUGCAAAAAUGAACCGGUUCAUAAAGUUCUCGAGGCGCCUGGUCUUAGUGGGGCCAAAACGACUGAUGGUUAUGACCCAGCAAGUUUCCGAGACCCAGAGUAUGACGUUCUUGAAGGCCCAGAGACAGAUGAAUGAAGUGAAGAUGGCUUGUAAUGAGACAGCUCGGAGAUUCAAGUGGCUAAUACUAAAAGAACAUGACACGAGAGAGAGUUCUUAACAUUUUAAUUUACUUAAAAAUAGUAUUUUGUGCACUGACUUAAGUCAAAGGAACUAUACUAUAAUAUACUGCUAUCAUACUGCCGUCAUGUUCAUCAUAAAACACCAAAGAGAUAAUAGUAAACAGCAAAAGAGCAAGGUUGGGCUUAUAUUGAAAAAAAAAAUCCUAGGUUUAUUGCAAACAAUUGAAUGGAUAGAUACUGCACAUAGUCAAAUAUUUCAGAAUGCAUGUGCCAUUACUAAAUAUAGGAAACCUGAAGAAUGGUUUGAUUUCGGUGUACGGUCAACUCUUUCUUAAUAGACACCUUUAUAAGACAGACACCUGGUGUUUGUCCCCUCCAUUUCUCAGUCCUUUUACUGUAACUAAACUUUCUAAGACGGACAACUGACGCUUUAAAACCUAAACGAAUACUUUAGAAGUGCUUUUUAAGUAAACGGAAAUGUAGGUACUUAAUGUUACAGCUGAAAUACGAACAUCGCUGCUCAAAAGAGCACUAUAACGAUCGACGUUUCUUCAACACCUCUUACCUAUUACAUAUUAUAGGUUCAGCUUUACUAACUCAGAAUUACUCUCGCCAUUUUGCUUCGACUCUCUUUAAUCUAUAAGCGGACAACUGGGGACGGUGCCGGCAGCCGUGUCCUCUCUCGGUCAGUGGGGAGAAUCGAAAAAGAGGGCGGGUGACGAGUGGGGCAACAGGCUAUGUCCAUAUGAAGUAUAUAUACACAUUGGGAGCGAGGUCAGUUAAUUGUGUGGCUUCAUAGCUCAGUUGGUAGAGCAUCGCACCG